AUGGCAGCAAGCACCAUCAAAAUUGGCAUCAUUGGUGGCACUGGUCUGGACCAGGACGCCAGCAUUCUCCAGGACCGAGAGAUGCUGCCCGUUCCCCAGACUCCCUAUGGCUCGCCCAGUGACCCCGAGGUGGUGCACGGCAAGAUUGACGGCAUCGAGGUGUUCAUUCUCGGUCGACACGGGCGCAAGCACGACGUCAGCCCCUCCAACGUCAACUACCGCGCCAAUCUGUGGACCUUUCGUGAGCUGGGGGUGACGCACGUGCUCGCCACCACAGCCUGCGGAUCGCUGAAGGAGGAAAUCGCCCCCGGGCACCUGGCCAUCGUCGACCAGUACAUCGACCGGACGAACAUUCGCGGCGGUCGAUCCUUCUACCGGGUGGCGCACAUUCCCCAGCCGCGUCCAUUCGAGCCGCAACUGCAGCAGAUCCUCCUCGAGUCGGCCACCGAGGCGGGCUACCCGGUGCACCCGGCGGUGACGGCGGUCGCCAUCGAGGGGCCGCGCUUUUCGACGCUGGCCGAGAGCAAGCUGUACCAGUCGUGGGGCGCCGACCUGGUGAACAUGACACUGGUGCCGGAGGUGCAGCUCGCCUCUGAGCUAGGUCUGCUGUACGCCUCGGUGGCGCUGGUCACCGACUACGACUGCUGGCACAGCGACGAGCUGUCUGUGUCGGUAGACUUUGUGAUGAACAUGCUGCAGACGCUCUCCGGCAAGGCCAAGGACGUUCUCGUGCGCGCCAUUGCCAAGAUCAAGACGGUCGACUGGACUGAGACGAUGGAGAAGCGACGGACUGCCGCCAAGGUGGCCAUUAUGGUCGACAAUUACUACAAGUUUAAACAGAACUGCUUGGCAGUGCUGGGCACAAACUGCGCCGCCGAGGACAUUGCCGAAUUUGAGACUCUCAUUGAUGGCUACACCGUGGACAUUCUUUCGUUACUAUGUACUGAUUACACGGAAGAGUCCGACAAGUGCACAAAGAUAAUAGAGCAGACGCCCAAGGGGACAGUGGAUUUAAAGGCGCAAUCAAAGACUUUUGUAUUACCUCUGGUAGAUGUCUUGGACAGUCUUUAA